AUGAUCAGGUCCAGGGUGCAUCGUGAGUCCGUCGCACUUUCCGCCAUCUUCCUAUGCUCUUACCCACGCUGUUCUCGCAGAAUCAGUCGUCUCAAUGACGAUGUACUACUAGUACUCAUUCAAAUGCUUCGCGAUGACUCCCUACGCACCCUCAAGUCGUUUUCUCAGACAUGCAAGUACCUGCGAGCAUUGGCAGUCCCCGUGCUUUUCUCUCGUUGCCGGACAGGCAUCAGAACCCCGGACAACGAACAAUGGAGAGUGCCACGCGCGGUGUUUCCCUUCAUCCGACACGUUACCUUGCACUGUCUAUGCCCCGAUGCCGAUGCCGUACAGCAUGGUCGGCCUCAAUGGGCCACCAACGUCUGGCUGUGCGGAGUUCUGGAUCCUCCCCCGUUCUUCAAGGACGGCCUCAUGCACAUGCCUCAUUGGUCAUCCAUCACGAUCAAGAAGAACAUGUGCCACAGACACGGUGUCCCAUGGACGGCAUUGCACGCCAUCCUCUCCGUACCUGCUCUGCGCAAGCUCAGGGUGCAUGGGAUCUUGUUCGCUCCACGCAGGCUCACCCCAUCCGAGCUCUUCUCUCCCGCGUCGAUCGCUCCUCUUACGUCGUUCACAUACACCUUUGGCAAUUUACUCUCGUUCGACGACCUUCCAGCUCCCUCCGAACUUGAGGCAUUGUCGGCCGUUCUCGAGGCCGUGUGCGGAACGCUGGAGUACCUCGAACUCACCGCGGCGUCGGCCCCGCUAGACACCCUGGAGCGUCUUCGGUGGCCCCGACUCCACACCCUCAAGAUUCCUGGCCGCCGACCGCAGCCCCAACUACGCUCCUACGCGUCCCUCUUCUCCAACAUGCCCCAUCUCCGUGUCCUCGGGCUUGAGCUUCACGUAAAGGAACCUCUGGUCGGGCUUGCUGUCCCGUCACCCUCGUCGUCGCCGUCGUUUCCAUGGCCGGAGCUGGAACACCUAUUCUUGCCGCUUCCCCUCCCGGAGGACGACCCAAUGUACUCACAGCUCCCAUCGUCGCUUCAUACGCUCUCAGUACUCUGUUACCCUCACUACGCACAGCGGGACGAGUACCAUGUCGGCUCUUGUGACAUCAAACCGCCACGGCCUACGUCCCAGGCCCUAGAAACCAUCCUCGGGCAAUGCCUCGCCUCUGCGCGGCUGACGCGGCUCGAGAUCGAGUACGCCGUCCCGCGUCGACCGGGUGAAGAUCUCCUAGGGCUGGUCGUCAACGCAUGUCCCCUUCUGGAGGAGCUCAAGCUGUUUCGAUAUCGGCCCGACCUCGAGCCGGACGACCCGAUCGGAGCUUCCACUCGGGCGUGGAAACCGCCGCACGAGCUCGCGGUACGUCCACCACCACCUCUAUCUGACCUUUCUCAGUGCUGA